AUGGGGUCUCUCUUCUCCAGCAGCGGCGAUGACCUCGCCAGCCGGCUGGGAACAAGCCCAUGGGUGCUCUACUCCGUCGCCGGCUUCACCUUUUAUGCCGUGCUCUGCUCCUCGCUUCGGUUCCGGAGACUCAGGACGAUGCGCAAGCGGCUGAAUUAUCCGGAUAGAGAGUCGCUGUCUCGCAUGACGAAUGAGGAUGCGCAGAAGAUUGUUUAUUAUCUUAGCAUCUACGAAUUUCCUGUGCUUUAUGACUUUUCACUUCGUUAUGCCAUCUUCAAGACCUACGCUAUAGACAACAUCGGCAACUUGUUAUACAGAGUCAGCGAUCUUGCUAGGCCUACCGAGGCCUCUAAACGAUACGAUGAUACACAAGUCUUGUUCGCCAGCUACGUAAAUUUCCCACCUGGAUCCGAGGCCCUGGCCAAGAGCGUCGCCCGCACAAACUUCCUCCACCAACCAUACCGGCAAUGCGGCAAGAUCAGCAACGGGGACAUGCUCUACGUCCUCUUCGAGUCCAUGCACGAGCCCGUCCGCUGGAUGCGCCUCUACGAGUGGAGGGAAAUGGCCGACAUGGAGGUGGCGGCCAUCGCCACGCUCUGGAAGUACAUUGGCGAGAUGAUGGACAUUGACUACAGGGCCGAGCUGGGCAAGGACCAGUGGAAGGAUGGCAUCGAGUUCAUGGACGACGUGGCGGCGUGGGCGGCCGAGUAUGAGAACAGGCAUCUGGGUCCUUCGCCGGAUAUCGCCAAGCUGGGUCAGGUUCUGGUCGAGUUGAUGUUGUCGGCGUAUCCCAGCUUUUCGCGGGCGCCUGGAUACAAGAUUCUCAUGGUUCUCAUGGGCGAGCGCAUGCGGCAUGCUUUUGGAUUCCCCGAGCCCGGCGUAGUAGAAUCCGUCAUCGCAUACUCUCUCCUGCUCACCCGAAAGCUCUUCAUCCGCUAUCUAUGUCUGCCUCGCAUCGUCCCCGCCACCUUCAUCAGCGAACCAGAUCCAGUGACGGGUCGCAUCAAGCACUACCACUUUCUCAAGGACCCCUGGUACGCCCCCGCCACCUUUUGGGCUCGCUGGGGCCCUGAAGCCUUGUUUCGACGAGCAUGUGGCCUCAAGGUUGCUGGAGACGGCGGCGAGGCAAUGCUGCCGGAUGGAUUCUUGUUCGAGGACAUUGGGCCACGGAAUGAGAUGGGCAAGGGGGUAGAAGAAACUGCGCGACUGGCAAAGGCUGCGCAGUCAAAGGUGUCGGCUUCGGCCUGUCCUUUUGCCCUACCAAAGAAGGGUUGA